CUUCCGCCGAAUCCGCCGCCUUUUUUGUGUUAACUUCCGGCUGCGACUCAUCAUGGCGGACCUGCGUCCUUAUUGCACCUGUUUGUGUUUCCACUCAAUAACGGCACACCGGAGCUCCUUGAGGCCGACCAUGUGUGCGGUCUCGGCGAGCAUCCUGGGGCCCAUCAACUCACAGAAGUCGUCGAAGUCGACAUGGCCUCCCCCUGCAGACAGUCAGCACAUACAGGUGCAUGUCUUUGGAGGUGGGAGGAAGCCGGAGUACCCGAAGGGAACCCACGCAGUCACGGGGAGGACAUGCAAACUCCACACAGAAAGAUCUCAAGCGCAGGAGCGGACCCAGGACCUUCGUAUUGUGAGGCAGUAGACUCAUUCUAAUCCCCUUCAACAGCCCACAUGAGCGUCUCCAAAGCGCCGCCGCCGCCGUCCAACUCCCACCUGACCAUCCCUCCUUCCUCUUCCUCCACGCCCUCGUCGUCCGCUUCCUCGCCCUCGGCCACGCCCCACUCCUCGGCCCCGCCCCCUCCCUCGCCCGUCAAGAUUUCUAUGCAGGAGCACUUUGCCAUCAAUGUGUGUCCGGGCCCCAUCCUCCCCAUCCCGCAGAUCUCCGAUUUCUUCCCACGCUUCCACGACUACCCCUGCACGCCGCCGCCGCCGCGGGAGAAGAAGAUCCUGAAGGAGGAGACCUUCAACGGCGACAUGGGCCUGGGCUUCAGAGAUGGAGAGAAGCAAGCCGAGAGCGGCGCCGACCGAGAGGAGGCGGCCGACUCUGAUGACGACGACACCUACUUGGGGACGCUGGAGUUCACGCUGCUCUUUGACCAGGACAACAACUGUCUGCACUGCACCAUCCACAAGGCCAAGGGACUGAAAGCCAUGGACUCCAACGGUCUGGCUGAUCCAUACGUCAAGCUUCAUCUCCUGCCCGGGGCCAGCAAGGCCAACAAGUUACGCACCAAGACCCUGAAGAACACCCUCAACCCGGUGUGGAACGAGACCCUGGUGUAUCACGGAAUCACAGCGGCUGAUAUGACCACCAAGACUCUCAGGCUGUGUGUGUGUGACAUGGACCGACUCGGCCGCAAUGAAUUCAUCGGCGAGGUGAGAGUGGCCCUGAAGAAGCUGCGAGAAGGAGACAACAAACGCUACAAUAUGGGUCUGGAGAGAAUUGCACCGAAUAAAGAGUCCAACAAUCAAGCGGUGGAGCAGGGAGCUCCGACUGCAGAGGAGGAGCGUGGCCGAAUCCUGGUGUCGCUGUGCUACAACACGGAGAAGGGCUGCCUGCUGGUUGGCAUCAUACGCUGCGCCCAUCUGGCCGCCAUGGACUCUAACGGCUACUCUGACCCCUUUGUCAAAAUCAUCCUGCAGCCUGACAUGGGGAAGAAGUCCAAAUACAAGACGACGGUGAAGAAAAAGACUCUCAACCCCGAGUUUAACGAGGAGUUUUCCUACGAGGUGACGCUGGACCAGCUGGCCAAGAAAACCCUGGAGAUCUCAGUGUGGGACUACGACCUGGGAAUGAGUAACGACUUCAUAGGUGGCGUGGUGCUGGGCAUCAAUGCCAGCGGACAGAGACUCAGACACUGGUUCGAGUGUCUCAAAAACAAAGGGAAGAAGGUGGAAUACUGGCACACGCUCACACAGCAGGGGGCCCCCCCCAGCACGGACAAACCCGACUAGACUACACCCCCCCAUUUAUUCCCCUAAAGGGAUGAAAAGAAGAAGACAUGCAAUAAUACCAAUGGUGUUGAAGACCAAAUGUAAUAUUCCUGACGUCGGUGAAGGUGUUUAUUUAUUUAUUUAUUUUUAUUUAUUUUUAAUUAUUUAUUUUCCAAGGUGGACCAAAUGCUCUUAUACAUGUAACAAGGGGAUACACGCAAAGUUUCAGACCAGGUAGAAAGACACUCGCCGUCCAACCAAUGAAGAGCUGCAUGAAGGAGGCCAGCGCCCCAGCCCCCCCACUCGUGUGACACUGUUGUCACCACAACAACGUUGGACUUGUUAUAUAACGAUACAAAGCACAAACUCAUCUGGUGGAUUUAUAUACCAUGUCUCUGUUUUGAACUCUACUUACCGUGUCUCUGUCACCGACUCAGUCAUGGUGUGUGUGUG